ACGAGGCACACACAGACACACACGGGGAGAUACGCUGGGCGCGCACACACAUACAUGCACACACUGGACACGCAAACACACACUGACGGUGACAGCUCUCUUUGUCUGGGGUCUGACUCCGGACUGGCCUUGGCCACCGCCUGCGCUGGACACGGCUCUCGCAGCCCUGCGGCAGGGGCCGGGUUAAGCCGGCCCGGGAGGAGGGGGCGGCGGGGUUGGAGCUGCCGCUGUCUGUAGGGUUCCCUGCGCCGCGGGCCCGGGGCGGAUCGUUCCGCCUGCCCGCCGCGCACCGUAUCACCACCGGCCUCCUGGUGCUUCCAGGGGAGCGGGAGGAGGAUGGGGAAUGGGGGCCCCCGACCCGCCUGGCCCCUGCUGGCCAUGGUGCUCUUCAGCCUGACCACCUCUCUGGGCUUGGCGGAUGAAGACUGCCUGUGGUACCUGGACAAGAAUGGCUCAUGGCACCCUGGCUUUGAAUGCAACUUCUUCACCUUUUGCUGCGGCAAUUGUUACCAGCGCUACUGCUGCAUCGACCCCCUGAAGCUCAUCACGGAGAGGCAGCAGAAGCACUGCCUUGCUUUCAGCCCAAAGACCAUCGCUGGCAUUGCCUCAGCUGUCGUCCUCUUCGUGGCCAUCGUUGCCACCAUCAUCUGCUGCUUCAUGUGCUCCUGCUGCUACCUAUACCAGAGACGGCAGCACAUGCGGACGCCCUUCCAAGGCCAGGAAAUCCCGUUGUCCAGCUACCCAGCUCAGCCACCAUUCACCUACCCUGUGGAUCCCAAAGCAGGACCUGCAUCCCCCCAGCCAGGCUAUGCCCCCAUGGCCAUGUAUCCACCCACUGCCCCAGCUGCACAAUAUCCGAUGUACCCAGCAGGGCCCCCACUGUACAACCCAACAGCACCCCCACCCUAUCUCCCACCACAGCCCACCUACCCUGGAGCCUGAGGAGACCCCAGAGAGACUGCGGAGUCAGCGCCUUAUGCCCUGGACUGUGAGCUUAUGAGCCCCUGCUGCGGGCUUCUCUGCUGCAUUGUGACUCCUGUGAACCUCAGACACCUCGUGCUUGGUCCCAGACUAGCCAUUGCCACCUUCUCCCUCAGCAAAGCGGUGCAGUACACCCCCUUCCCUCUCCUGCCUGCUUCACUGAGGGACCAUGCCAAUUAGGGUCCACCUGUGGUCCCCUGGGUAUGACAAGUGGGUCCCCCCAGGGCAUGCCAAAUGGGGUCCCCCUGAAGUCCCUUGGACAUGAUAAGUGAGUCUUUCCAGUGCAUACUGAAUGGGGUACCCCCACAGUCCCCUGGGCAUGCAAAGUGGGGUACCCCAGGAUGUGCCAAGUGCGGCACCCCUGCAGUCCCUGGGCCAUUUCUGAGUGUCACAGCUCUGUCUGGCCUUAGUGAGGGAGGCUGAGUUCUGAGGGACCAAAAUACACAACAUGAGCACAAAGGAAGCUCUUGUGCAGCCACACACUGGCUCCUUUGUGGGACGAGUUCCCUCUGCUGAAGCUGCCUCUGCAAAGGCUCCACCUCAUCUCAGCGCUCACAGGCACCAGGAUCUCAAUAGCCCAAUUGUGAGGGGCAGCAGUGCCCUGUUGGCAUGACCCUGGUGUGACCAUGGGCCCCUUCUCCUCCUGGCGUAGGCCAGCCCUUCCCAAGGGGCAGGUUAGCCUGAGAAUGAUUGCCAUGGAACCAAGGUCUGGGGGGCUCCUAGGCAGCACCUCCUGUGGCAUGGUGCAAUUUCUCCAAACCUAGCACGAGGGCCCUGUCCAUUUGCAGCUGCAGCAGGACAGUUGCACGCUGCAGGCACUGGGGCAGGGCAGGGUGCCACUUGGCAGGCACCCAUAGUCCUGUUACUCAGUGGGGCCUGGUACAGCUCAUUGCUCCCAGUGGGCUUCCUCCCAAAGGAGAAACCUCACAUUAGGAGCUGCCAUUGCAGCCUGCAUGGGGCCGGGCAUAGCACACUAACAGAUGGCCCCACACUGCACUUGGGUGUCCAGGAUCACUUGCCAAGGCCAGUCCCUCCUCUCAGGGCCCCUGAAUGGCAGGAGGCUCCUGCUUCCAUCUGGCAUCUGGCCAGCAUCACACAGCUCAGCCCCACAAAACAAGUGUGACCAUUGCUCUCGCAGGUGAGCCGCAGCCCCCAUGCUAUUGCAUCCUCUGUUCACUGGCCAAGGGGGCCCCCGCUCACACCAUGCUGCCCCCAGGGAGCAGUGGCAAGGUUAGGGGCUCACUGCGUCCAGGUGGCUCAUGGGGGUAGUGGCAGGGGAGUUUACACUCAAGCUUCACAGGAGUCCCCGAGCUGGAGUGGGAAUUUCCCUGGAGAAACACCAUCUCACCCCCCUGAUCAGUGCCACCCUUCCUGACCCUCAGACUAGAGAUCCCACCCCCACCCCCAUGCACAUGGCAGGGCAGAGGGAAACUCUGCCUCCUCCCCUGCAGGCCGGGUUGGCUUCCCAGCCUGUCUCUUCCUCUCCUACUUUCCCUGCUCUACAAGUGGACAAACCUGUGACUGACCCUUCCCCAGGUGCAUUGGGGUCCCUGGAAAUGGGUAACAGAGAUCAGUUCUCACCUUGUGUAUAGUGCCAGGGCACUAACUGUGGGGUCCCUGCCCAGCUGGCCAGGGUCAUUUGGGGUUAUUGCUCCUUCUAGUUCACUUCAGUACAGUAUUUGAGGCUGUUUACUGCCCUUUCCCUGGGGGAGACAGGAGGGCCUCUAGGACAGUUGGGCAGCCUGGGGCCAUGGCCAGGUCACUGGGAAGCUAGGUGCGCAAGAUUUGAUCACUAGUCCGGCCUGUCCUGCCCUAGACCCUGCUCUGUUAAGUCAGACUUGCUGGCCCAUCUGGCCUGUGCCCUGCCACCUCAGACUCAGCCUGUCUAGGCUGCUGGCUCACCUCUGCCAACAGCUGGUAUUUGGUGCUUCAAAGGAAAGUCACCUGGCCAAUUGUGUGAUACUGCCCUAAGGAUUUCCCCUCCCUGAUGCCUGCACUGAAGCCCAGAUUUUGCUUUUCCCCAAGAAGCAGGAGUAAGGCUUGGAGGCAGGAGGUGAGCUGCCUCAUCACCCUAUGUGUGGUGGCCUCCUGCUCCAGCCAUGCACCCCCCUCCUGCUGCCUGGAGCCAUGCAGCAGCCACUGCUGUGCUGCCAUAGCUGGAAUGACAAGUGUGUCCAUCAGUGUGCACUAAAAACCUGAUUAAACCUGUUCAUAGGUAAAUGCCUUCUGUGUUCUGGAACUUGAAGAGUGCAGGGUGAGGCCUGGCAGGGGCAGGGACCAUAUUCAGCCUGGCUUGAGGUACCAUUAAACAUCCCAGCCACUGAGCAAGGAGCAGGGACAGACUCUUGGCCUUCAAGGCCCUCUGGCUGAGGGGAGGAGGCUGCAUUAUGGGGUGUGACAAGAGCUCAGCUGGAAGGGUGAGUUUCUUUUACAUAGUCCAUGACAACGGGCCCCCAGAGGGACACAGUCAAUGUCUCUGCCCUCAGCUGCUCAGGAGGCAAAUUCCAGCAUGAGCGUCCCGAGCAGGCAGAGUGCUCCUACACCUGCCUCCCCGUGCACAGGGCAUCACCCCAGCAGGGCUAGGCAUGGCACAUCAGGGAGUCACCUCUCUUGGGCUCCCCUGUGGUGAGAAUGUGUGUGAGGGUGCUGUCAGGCUCUGGCAGAGUCAGCCAAGCUCCUGUCCUCUUGUCCCUGGGCCUCCGAGCUCGGCAGGAAAGCCUCUUCCCUCCUCCCAUAGCAACGGGGCUGAUUCAAACACUUUAGGUUAGUCAUCUCAGGGAGCCCAUUGUCUUCUUAACACAGUCACCUUGCGGGGGCACAGCAGGACCCCACUGAUGGGAGACAGCAUAGUGUGGUGGACAGGACACAAUAGCACACGAGGGUUCUGUUUCCAGCUCUGCCAUUGCCUUGUUGUAUGACUUUGAGCAAAUCUCUAUGCCUCUGUUUCCCCAUCCCCAUUUGUCUUGUCUGUUGAGACUGUAAGCUCUUUGGGGCAGGCCCUACCACUCACCAUAAGAACACAAGAAAGGCCAUACUGGGUCAGGCCAAAGGUCUAUCUAGCCCAGUAUCCUGUCUUCUGACAGUAGCCAAUGUCAGGUGCCCCAGAGGGAGUGACCAGAACAGGUAAUCAUCAAGUGAUCCAUCCCCUGUCACCCAUUCCCAGCUUCUGGCAAUCACAGGCUAGUGACACCAUCCCUGCCCAUCCUGGCUAAUAGCCAUUAAUGGACCUAUCCUCCAUGAACUGUGAACUAUGUGUCUGUGCAGCAUGUGGCAUUCUGCAGGGCUCCAGGGGCUACUGACAGAUAGUAACCCUAGUAGUCUCUUAUGUGAAAGCAACAAAACCACUUCAUACUGAAUUUGGCGGAUUUGUGUGGGGCUGAUACCUGUCUGCCAUAUACCCCCCCAUGUAUCACACACUCCCAGAUGCGAGAGGCAGCAGCAUCAAACUGACGGUGUGUGUCUCCACAACUACCCUCUGGGGAAUGGGCUCACAUCUGCACCAGUGCCCUCUGCUGGGCUAGGACCAACUUGCUCAAGAUGCAUCCGUACAAGCUGGCUCCCGCAGUUGGAUGAAAUGUAGGCCAGCAGUGAUUGCAUGUUGUCUGACCUCCUGCAUAUAACAUGGACCAUCACAUUUCACCCAGUAUAUCCUGAAGUGAGACUUUAUCUUGUGGAAGAGCUAGCAGCGGUUCCUCAACUGCACUGAUUCUUAAAGAUGGUUGUGAAGUGAAUGAAUGCCACAUGGAGCUCACAUCCCAAUGAGGGAGCCACUGAGCUAGAACAGUUCUUUUAGACCAGUGGUUCUCAAACGUUUCUUCUGGUGACACCUUUCACAUAGCAAGCCUCCAAGUGCGCCCUCCCCCCCCAUAAAUUAAAAACUCUUUUUAAAUAUAUUUAACGCCAUUAUAAAUGCUGGAGGCAGAGCAGGAUUUAGGAUGGAGGCUGACUGCUCAUGACCCCCCAUGCAAUAACCUUGCGACCCCCUGAGGGGUCCCGACCCCCAGUUUGAGAACCCCUAUGUUAGAAAGAUACCCACACUUCAUUUAAAAACACCAAGUGAGGAGAAUCCACUACAGCUCUAGGUGAGUUGUUCCAAAGAUUAAUUGCUCUCACUGUUAAAACGUGUGCCUCCUUUACAGCUUCACCUUCCAGCCACUGGCUCUUGGGUCUUUGUGUGCUGGGCUGACCAGCCCUCCAGUGUCAGAAAUCUCCCUAUGCUGGCACUUACAGAAAGCAAUCAAGUCACCUCUUAAACUUCUCUUUAGUAAACUAAAUACAUAGAGCUCUAACUGUGAUGCAGGUUUUCCAGACCUGGAAUCUUCCUUGGAGCAAUUUGCUGAUCCCUUUCCAAUGUUUCAACAUCCUUUUUGAAAAGUGAAUGCAGUAAGGUCUCCCCAGCACUGUACUGAGACGCACCUUCCCACUCCUGCUCAGUAGGCCCGUGGACAAAUCGCACGGUCAUGUGAUUCCUUUUAGCCACAGCAUUGCUCUGGCGGGUCUGGGUGCUCACGGUCUGCUGGUGUCCACCAUGACCCUUAAGCCCUUUGCAUUUGUCUAACUUCAGCUUCCAGACACUUAAUCUUGUACUGCUUUUGCCUGCUAUAUUAAAGAGCCCUCUAUCAGAAGAAAUCUACGGCCCAUAUUGGUUCUUAUUGACUGGGAUCAACAAAGCCAUAGAUAGGUGUCUAGGCUCCCUAUGCAAUGAAUGGGGAGAGCUAGGUGCCUUAUGGUAUGUCUACUCUGCAGUUAUACACCCCAGGCUGGCCCCUAUGAGCUACUUCAGGCUUGCUGGGCUGGGUUAAGGGGCUGUGUAAUUGCGGAGCAGAUGUUCUGGGACCCCCAACUCGCAGGGUCCUGGAGCCUGGGCCCCAGCCCAAGCCCAAAUGCCUACAUCACAAUGAAACAGCCCCUUUGCCCGAAGCAGCUGGCAGGGGCCAGCCGUGAGUGGAUAACUGUAGUGUAGACAUACCCUUAGAAUGCCACGCACACA